AUGAAUGAACCAUUUGAGACCAUCAUGGAAGUGAGGGAAGAUUUCAUGGUUUCACCUGCUGGUGAUAGUGAACCAACUUUCAGAACUGCCCAUUUUCUGAAACCUGUUGCAAACUCCACUGAUGAACAAGUCUCUGAGAUUCUUUCAUCUGCUGUGACUGUCUCACCCAUGUUUGAACCCAAGGAGUGGCCUUUGGAAAUCCAUUUCAAUGGGUGGCCUCGCUCACCAAAGAAAUGGAUUGGGUGGGUGGAUACCCUUUAUCCCAGGUAUGAAUCAGUGUGGAAGAAAGUUGGCAUCUUUGAAGCUAUCAUGAGCACCAAGUGCUGCAUAGUGAAAAAUCAAGAGUUGGUAUUUGGGGUUGCAGAAAAGUGGUGUUCUAAGACAAAUACAUUUGUGUUUCCAUGGGGUGAAGCAACAAUCACGUUGGAGGAUAUGAUGGUUUUGGGAGGCUAUCCUGUUCUUGGUGACCUUGUUUUCUCCCCACUUGAAAACCAGGAAAUGAGAGAGAUAGAAGAAAGAUUGAAUCUGGUAAGAAUGGAGCCUUGGAGGAGAAAAAAAGGUAAGGCUUCCACAUCAGCAUGGAUGGAUCUUUUCAUCAAUAGUGAGUUUGAUAUUGAGCAUGAAGCAUUCCUUGCAACUUGGUUGUCCAUGUUUGUUUUUUCUAAUAAGGGCUUGGUAAAUAAGUCUGUGUUCCCUAUUGCUAUUCAUCUUGCUAGAGGGAAUCCCAUUGCUUUGGCACCAGCAGUAUUGGCUACCAUAUAUAAGGAUUUGUGUUUGUUGAAAAAAACAAUCGUUGGUUUGACAAAAUGUCCAGUAGUAGUUGAUAAUUUGCACUUGGAGGUUACUCUUCUGUCACCCAUGUACUUGGUUCAGAUUUGGGUGUGGGAGAGGUUCAAAAGUUUGCAACCAGAACCCAAUUUGAUCAACAAUGGAGACCCUAUGUUGGGUAGGUGGCACAAGGUCAAGGCCUUGAAAUUUGACAAUGUGAGAUUGGCACUGGACUUAUCUAUUGAGGAUUUUAUUUGGCGCCCAUAUGUUAGAUGUGCUGAUAAAUGCAGGUUAAUUUAUCCAGAAAAUGAAAUCUGGGUAUCAUCAGAGAAAGAUUUGGAUAAAGAACUAAUAGUCUCUUAUGUUACAUGCUUGAGAGUUUCAGAGCUUGUUGGAACUGAUUCCAUUAUAAAACAGUACCUCCCACAUAGAGUUGCUAUGCAAUUUGGAAUGGAUCAAGAUGUUCCAGGUUGUGUGCCUAGAUUCAAUCAGACCAAAACCAUUGCAUGGGAAAGUUACUGCAGGCCUAUAUCUGAUGGGAAUUUGUAUUUUCCAUCUAGGCUUUUUGAGGCAGAUGUUACCACACGUUAUGCAUGGUGGUGGAAGCAAUUAGUAUUGGGUCAUCAGGAUCCUGCUAAGAAUGUUGUGCGGAGGAAGAGAAGUGUAAGGUCAUCAAAUCAUAGGUCUCAUUGGUCAAAAGCAAACACUAGUGGUAAUGAUGUUGAUGUUCCACCUGGGUUUCCUCCCAAACUUGUUAACACUCUGAUUUUUGGAAAAUCUUAUGGUGAUGUUUUAGAAAUUAGGAUGGGUGAUAAUAAUGCUGGUGUACAUUCUGGUUUUGUUCCUAAACAUUUGAAAACUGUUCCUGGUGACAAUUCUGUUCAAGAUGGAGCAACUAAUGAAUGUAUAAAUCGUAGUUUGGGUGAUGAAGCAACUAAUGAAUGUAUGUUUCUGCUCAACCAAUGUUCAUCAGCCUCUGCUGCAGAUAAUGGAGAUGUUAAAAACAUGUUACCACUGAUGAAGCAAGUUGCAGAAGAUAACAUUAAACCUUCAAUAAGGGUUUUGGAGGAUGAUUUUGAAGAUGGAAAUGGGAGCAAAGAAUCAAGACUUUGUAGUGACAGGGUAAACCUAUUUGAGACUCAAGGAGAAUCAUACAGCUAUUCAUCUGAAAUUGAAGUAAAGGAACUUGAACAGAGAAUUAGCAAACUUGAGAGAGUGAUUGCAAAAUUGAAGAAAUCAAGGUUUGGUCACAGUUGA